AUGUCUUUCUUUCUUUCUUUCUUUCUUUCUUUCUUUCUUUCUUUCUGUGCCAAUUUCUUCUUCAUGUCCUCAUCCUUCUUUCUUUCCUUCCUUCUUUCUUUCUUUCUUUCUUUCUUUCUUUCUUUCUUUCUUAAAUUUCUCCUCUUUCUUUUUGAGGCGUUUUUUUUUUCCUUUCCUCAUCUUUCUUUCUUUCUUUCUUUCUUUGCCAUUGACCAUCUAAGUGAUGAUUUUCUAUUUUUCUCUCCACUGAGUCAAAAAAUCGUACAAAUCUCAACUUUGCGCAUGACAUCCUCCGAUUUGGCAACUGUUCCUUUUUUUAUUUUCGUUUCAAUUUCGUAUCUUUUCUUUCAAAUUUUCGUAUCUUUUCUUUCAAAUUUUCGUAUCUUUUCUUUCAAAUUUUCGUAUCUUUUCUUUCAAAUUUUCUCUUUCUUUUUUCAGUUCAUUUUCACAGAUUUUUUUCAUUUCUUAUCUCUGCCUCCCUUUUACUUCUCUCCAUCCCUCCUCAUCUCUCCCUCUCUCUAUCACAGCCUUUCUCUCUCUCUCUUUAUCUCUUUCCAUACCUCCCCAUCUCUCCCUCCCUCUCUUACUCUCCCCUCUUCCUCUCUUUCACCCUUUCUCCAUCCUUUCACGUUUCUCUCUCGCUCUCUUACUCUCUCCUCUCUCUGUCUUUCACUCUCUAUCUAUUUAUUACUCUCCCUCUCUUACUCUCCCUCUCUCCAUGUCUCCCCGUCUCUUCCACCCUCUCUUACACUCCCUCACUUUAACCCUAUCUCUCUUACUCUCCCUAUCUCUCCAUCCCUUCACAUUUCCCUCUCUUACUCUCCCUUCGCCCUCUCUUUCACGCUCCCUCUUACUCUCCCUAUCUCUCCAUCCUUUCACAUUUCCCUCUCUUACUUUCCCUUCGCCCUUUCUUUCACCCUCCCUCUCUUACUCUCUCUCUCCUCCUCUCUCUUUCUCCACUACUGUUUCCUUUCGAUGUUUUUUUUCUUCAGCCCCUUUUCUCAUCUAUAUUCCUUUACUUUCACUCAUCUAACCGCAUCGAAUGUCGAUAGAAAUCCAUUUCAUCGAUCCGACCUUAACAGAAAAAAAAAAAAAAACACCCGCUACCUGAAAAACCACCCCCGCCACGCUUCUACAUAUUCUAACUUUUCCGAAUCAUCCCCCGAACCUCCUAACAUAUCACCUGACACCCUUUUCCCGGACACACACCCCAAAACGAGAUUCCGCUUGCGUGCGAAUGUUGAAGUGCUAGAUAUAGCCAUCCUCUUCCGCCUCACCUGCUACCCUCUUCCGCCUCACCUGCUAUCCUAUUCCGCCUCACCUGCUAUCCUCUUCCGAAGCACCUGCUAUCCUCUUCAGCCUCACAUGCUAUCCUCUUCGGCCUCACCUUCUAUCCUCUUCCGCCUCACCUGCUAUCCUCUUCGGCCUCACCUAAUAUCCUCUUCCGCCUCACCUGCUAUCUUUUUCCGACGCUGGACCACAUAA